AAUGCAUCUUCUCUCACAUCUCUCAAACUUGUACACUGUGGUUUGUAUGGGGAAUUCCCUAUUGGCCUUUUUCACCUACCUAACUUAGAGGUUCUUUAUGUGUCCAGGAACUUAGACCUAAUAGGUUAUUUUCCAAACUUUAACAGGACCAAUUCCUUGAAGGAGUUAAAAGUUGGGUAUUGAAGCUUCUCCGGUCAACUGCCUACCUCUCUCGGAAGCCUUCAUUCCUUAAAUCUAUUGGGCAUCUCUUUCUGUAACUUUUAUCCCCAUGUUCCAUCUUCACUCAGGAACCUUACCAAGCUCAGGUAUCUUGACAUUUCUUCAUUUUAUGAUUCCAUGUAUUUUCCUGGCAAAAGUUCUUUCGCAACAACAAACCAAUCUCUGGUAUCCGAAUCCUUGUCUUGGCUUGGAAAACUAACCAAACUUUAUCACUUGGGCCUUUCGCAUACCAACCUAAGGGGAAAAUUCCCAUGUUUUGUGUCCAACCUGACCAACAUUCAAUAUCUAGAUUUGGGCGGUAAUGAAAUAACUGGUCAAAUCCCAUCUUGGGUUACAAUGAAUUUGACCCAGUUAACUGUUCUAGAUCUUUCCUUUAAUAACUUGAGGGGAUCAGUUGAGUUUGAUCAAUUUUCCAACCUCAAGAAGUUAGAGGAUCUUCGGUUAUCAGACAACGAGUUAUCUCUACGGAUCAAAUCCAAUUUGAGUGCUACUCUUCCUAUGUUCCAAAUUCUGUGGCUGUCUCGGUGCAACUUAACAGUGUUUCCUGAAUUUUUAAGUAAUCAAAAGGAAUUGUACGACCUACACCUUUCUGAUAACAACAUGCAUGGCCAAAUACCAAAAUGGUUCUGGAAUGCAACUACAGAUACGUUGUUGAAUGUUGACUUCUCUAGAAACUUGUUAACCGGUUUUGACCAAAAUCCACUCAUUCUUCCAUGGAAAAAUAUGUUGUAUUUUGGUAUAUCGUCCAACAGGUUACAAGGAUCACUGCCUCUGCCAGUUCCGCCACAAUCAAUCACAGCUUAUGAUGUCGCAAACAAUGAUUAUAGUGGAGAAAGUUCACCUUUGUUUUGCUACUUGGAUAAUCUACAACUUCUUGACUUGUCCAACAACAACUUGAGUGGCAUGCUUCCGCAAUGUUUGGGGAACUCCUCUACAUUGGAAAUACUGUACCUAAGGAACAAUUCUUUCCAUGGCAAUAUUCCUCAAAUGUGUGCAAACAAAAAUAGUUUGAAAAUGGUUGAUUUAAGUUUCAAUCAGUUGCAAGGAAAGCUGCCAAGAACAGUGGCCCAUUGCACUCAGUUAGAGUUUCUCAAUCUUGGAAACAAUCGCAUUAGCGACAGCUUCCCAUCUUGGUUAGGGGCACUUCCAGUAUUAAGGGCUCUCAUUUUGCGGCAUAAUGGAUUUCAUGGCAUAAUUGGGAAGCCUGCAACCAACCACGAGUUCCCCAACUUGUGCAUCAUUGAUCUAUCUAACAAUGAUUUUUCCGGUAUGUUGCCCUCAAAUUACCUACAGAACUGGAAUUUCAUGAAAUUUGUUAGUGAAACCAAUCAAACUUAUUUUAAAGUCUCUGCAACCGGCAACCCAGAUAAAAUCUGGUAUGAGUAUCCAUACACCAUCACGAUUGUUGCAAAAGGUGUUGAGUUGAAAUAUUUGGAGACACCUUAUCUUUUGAGACUCAUUGAUCUCUCAAGUAAUAGAUUUGAAGGUGAGAUUCCGGCAGGUAUAAUUGGGAAUCUAAGAGGCCUUCAUUUUCUAAGCCUUUCCAACAACUCUCUCACGGGUCCCAUCCCCUUAUCUCUAGGGAACUUGACAGCUCUUGAAUCAUUGGAUCUCUCUGAAAACCAGCUCUCAGGAAGGAUCCCUAGCAAUUUGGUACAACUCAAUUUUCUUGCAUAUUUCAACGUAUCCCACAACCGUCUUUGGGGGCCUAUACCACUUGGUCAACAGUUUGAUACAUUCCUAGAAGAUUCAUACCAAGAAAACCCGGGUUUGUGUGGAAAGCCUUUGUCAAAGAAAUGCAAGGAUUCUGGGAGCACAAAGCUACCACCACCAUCAAUCUUUGAAGAAGGUGAAGAUUCGGGAUUUCGAUUUGAGUUUGAUUGGUACGUGGUUCUGCCCGGAGUCAUUAGUGGACUAAUAGUUGGAGUGAUUUCUGGGAACACUUUGGCAAACAACAAGCAUGAAUGGUUUGUGGAUACAUUUAGCAGGAAGAGGCAGCCAAGAGGCACAAAGGGAAAGGGACGCCGGACUUGGUCAUUAUUUUAUCCAUGAAAUGUUUGGCUCUUCAAGGCCAAUUCAGGUUUGUCGAAAACUUGCUUAAAGAGUAGACUGUCGAUGUGAUUGAAGUUGGUCGUAUUAGUUUUGCAUAAUGUUAUUUUCCUGGUUACAUUUGUUCAAUCUUAAGCUUGGUUCAUUUGAUUAUGGUUGCAUCAUGAUGUAUAAAACAUGUAAUAUAUGUAAAUAGCAUUGUAAAAAUUAUCAUCUCUCUAUAAAUAACACUAUAAAUAGUAUCAUCUCUCUGUCUAUAAUCAUA